UGGCUGGAUCUGGAGCGAGGCCACUCUAUGUCAGUCACUAAAACCACCUCGAGGAAAAGAGAUCGAUUUUCUCUGAGGGGAAUUUGGUAGCCGACUAACGGUAGUUGAUCGAUGUAUUGAACACAGACGCUAUACAUUGAUCAAUCCCCGGGGUUUACCUAUAAUACAUAUAUUUACGACUGAGCCAGCCAGCCAGCCAGUCUUCCAACGUUAGCUAACCAUGGACGGAGACGGCGGUAGUCUGAUGGGGGAGGACGGGAGGAUGGAGAGCCCCAACGAGGCUGCCCUACUAGCGCUGAUGGAGAACACUGGAUACAGCAUGGUACAGGAGAAUGGACAGAGGAAGUUCGGCGGACCGCCUCCAGGUUGGGAAGGCCCUCCUCCCCCACGAGGGUGUGAGGUGUUUGUAGGUAAGAUCCCUAGGGACAUGUAUGAAGAUGAGUUGGUGCCAGUGUUUGAGAGAGCUGGGAGGAUCUAUGAGUUCAGACUGAUGAUGGAGUUUAGUGGAGAGAACCGGGGCUACGCUUUCGUCAUGUACACUACCAGAGAGGCAGCUCAGAGAUCCAUCCACCUCCUAGACAACCAUGAGAUCAGACCAGGGAAGUUUAUAGGAGUGUGUGUCAGUCUGGACAACUGUAGACUGUUCAUAGGGUCCAUACCUAAAGACAAGAUGAAGGAGGAAAUACUAGUGGAGAUGAGGAAGGUAACAGAAGGAGUGGUAGAUGUCAUAGUCUACCCAAGCUCUACAGACAAGACUAAGAACAGAGGGUUUGCCUUCGUUGAGUACGACUCUCACAAAGCAGCUGCCAUGGCACGGAGGAAACUAAUACCAGGUACGUUCCAGCUGUGGGGAUACACUAUCCAGGUGGACUGGGCCGAACCGGAGAAGGAUGUUGACGAGGAGACCAUGCUACGUGUCAGAGUGCUCUACGUCAGAAACCUGAUGAUGACGACUACUGAAGAAACACUGCGACAGGAGUUCUCUAGAUUCAAACCUGGCACUGUGGAGAGAGUCAAGAAACUGACAGACUAUGCGUUUGUCCACUACCACUCCCGUGAAGACGCAGUGACGGCGUUACACCUGAUGAACGGAGCGCAGAUCGACGGGGCCACCAUCGAGGUCACCCUCGCCAAGCCUGUCAGUAAAGAGGGCGGGCGACGGUUCAGUAACCGUGGUUAUGUCGGUAACGGUAACCUUGUGGGUCCCUACGGCGAUGUGUCCUCCACCGGGGGUUUUCUCUUCCAGGGCCGUGAGGAUGGAGGCAUGAUGGGAGGAGGAGGAGGAGGGAUGGAUGGAGGGACUCCUCUUCGACCUCUCAGCCUGCCACCCCGCCUGGGGAGUCUGUACGUUGGAACAGGAACAGGGGAUGUGGAGAGGUGUG